UUUUUGUUUUUUUCUUUGUUUCUUUGAUUCACACAGUUUCGACCUUUUGAUCUUUGUUUCAUUGCCGAGAAGAGAAUGGAGCCAAUAAUAAACAGACCUCUGCCUAUAGGAGUCGUGUUUCGUCCUACAAAGUUUGAGAUGGCAAAUAUCUUUUUGAAGAAAAAAGUUUUGGGACAGAGCAUAGAAGCUCCUAGGGUGCCUGGAGAUUGCCACGAUAUCUUCUCAAGACGCCUUCGUGAUUUGCCAGGCUAUCCAAGAGAAGAGCAUUGGUAUUACUUCUGUAGAAGACGUCGUAACCAAGUUACUAGUAGUAACCUCUGGACACCAACCGGAGAAGAGACCAAUGUGUUAGAUCCCAAGAAUCGGAGACUAGUUGUUGCUACCAGACGUCGCUUUACUCUCCUCGAGAAACAAGAAGAAGAAGGAGAAUAUGAUUGGUUCUUGGAUGAAAUAAUACUCCCACCAGCAGUUUCACAUUCUGAUUGGGUUUUGUGCCAUAUCUUGGGCAAGAAGAUUGAACCCGAAAUUGAAUAUUUUCCGCCCUUAAUCGAAUCUGAGUACGACGAAUACGAAUCGGAAGAUGAAGAAAGUGUUGAUACAUAA